AUGGUUUUGUACACGACCCCCUUUCCCAAUAGCUGUCUGUCUGCCCUGCAUGCCGUGUCCUGGGCCCUCAUCUUCCCAUGCUACUGGCUGCUGGACCGGCUCCUGGCCUUGUUCCUACCUGACCCAUGUCAGAAGAGCCAGCUCCUCUGCAUCUUGCUGUUCAUGCCCAUCUACCUGGGCCUCCUGGUCACCUCGCUGCCCUUCGCGUUUCUUGGGUUCCUCUUCUGGUGUCCCCUACAGUGUGCCCGCAGGCCCUACGUCUACUCCCGGUUGGAAGACAAGAGCCCGGCCGGAGGGGCAGCCCUGCUCAGUGAAUGGAAGGGCACAGGUCCUGGCAAAAGCUUCUGCUUCGCCACCGCCAACAUCUGCCUCCUCCCUGACUCAUUAGCCAGGCUCAACAACGUUUUCAACACCCAAGCACGGGCCAAAGAGAUCGGGCACAGAAUCCGCAAUGGGGCCAGCCGGCCCCAGAUCAAAAUCUACAUCGACUCGCCCACCAAUACAUCCAUCAGCGCGGCCAGCUUCAGCAGCCUGGUGUCACCCCAGGGUGAUGGCAUGGCCCGGGCUGUCCCUGGGAGCAUUAAGAGGACAGCCUCUGUGGAAUACAAAGGCAACAGUGGGCGUCACCCCAGUGACGAGGCUGCCAAUGGCCCGGCCUCUGGGGACUCAGUUGACUGUGGUAGCCUUGAGAACGCUUGCAUCGUGCGCAUCAGUGGCGAUGAGGGGGGCCGGCACCCUGAAGCUGAUGACCCUGCUCCUGGAGGCCAGGCCAGAAAUGGGGCUGGCGGGGGUCCACGGGGCCAGACGCCCAACCACAGUCAGCGGGAUGGGGACUCAGGGAGCCUGGGCAGCCCCUCUGCUUCCAGAGAGUCCCUGGUGAAGGCACGAGCCGGGCUGGACGGUGGCAGCGGGGAUCCAGGUGCCACCUACAGCAAGGCCCCACACAAGGCCUCGGUGGUGAAGAAGGCAGCCGCGCGCAAGAGGCGGCACCCAGAUGAGGCCUUUGACCACGAGAUCUCGGCCUUCUUCCCCGCCAACGUGGACUUCCUGUGUCUGCAGGAGGUGUUUGACAAGCGGGCGGCCACCAAGUUGAAAGACCAGCUGCAUGGUUACUUCGAGUACAUCGUGUAUGAUGUUGGGGUCUAUGGCUGCCAAGGCUGCUGCUGUUGCCAAGGCGGCUGUUGCUUCAAGUGUCUCAACAGUGGCCUCUUCUUUGCCAGCCGCUACCCCAUCAUGGACGUGGCCUAUCACUGUUACCCCAAUGGGAGGGGCUCUGACAGCCUGGCCUCGAAGGGAGCGCUGUUUCUCAAGGUGCAGGUGGGAAGCACACCUCAGGACCAAAGAAUUGUCGGGUACAUCACCUGCACACACCUGCAUGCCCUGGAAGAGGACAGUGCCAUCCGGUGCGAGCAGCUGGACAUGCUCCUGGAAUGGCUGGCUGAUUUCCGAAAAUCUACCUCCUCGUCCAGCACAGCCAACCCCGAGGAGCUGGUGGCGUUUGACAUUGUCUGUGGGGAUCUGAACUUUGACAACUGCUCCUCAGAUGACAAGCUGGAGCAGCAGCACUCCCUGUUUACACGCUACAAGGACCCCUGCCGCCUGGGGCCUGGGGAGGAGAAGCCAUGGGCGAUUGGUACCUUGCUGGACACGGAUGGCCUCCACGAUGAGGACGUGAGCACCCCGGAGAAUCUACAGAAGGUCUUGGAGAGUGAGGAGGGGCGCCGGGAGUACCUCGCCUUCCCCCGCAGCAAGAACCCAGGUGCAUGCCAGAAGGGACGCAAGGACAUGCUGAAGGGCAAUGGCAGACGCAUCGACUACAUGCUGUAUGCGGAGGAGGGGCUGUGCCCGGACUGGAAAGCUGAGGUGGAAGAAUUCAGUUUUAUCACCCAGCUGUCCGGCCUAACCGACCACCUCCCGGUGGCCAUGCGGUUGAUGGUGUCUUCGGGGGAGGAGGAGGCAUAGACCCGCCCAGCCAUCACAGCUGCCUGGCCUCUGCUAGCCCUCUGAGCUGAAGACGCUCCCUGGCCAUGUCCCCUUCAGCAACAGUGCCGGGGAGAAGGCAGGGGCCUGGGGGAGCAGAGGUCAUCCCCAGGCGAGCUGGAACCAGCGCUGCCCUGCACCUCUGGGCGCU